AGUUGUUCAAGGGAGGCAGAAAAGCAGGGGGAAAAAAGAUAAACAUAUGAUGGUUUCAGAAAGUCUUUUCAUAAAUGUGGAUACAUAAGCUGUGGGCAGUCCUAGUGAUCCAAUUCAGGCACUCUGUCAAACUGGAAAGCUCUGUAUGCUGCGUGUCUUAUGUCAGCACAAUUCUAAUAUGCUCAAGAUGGAGUUUGCCCUUGUGAAUUUACAUUGGUGGUGGUUAUCUGUGGCUCUGGAGGAUUCUCAGGAAAGAUUCUGUUAACAUGGCUUUGAAGAACAGAAAACCUCAAAUGGAGGGAGUCACUGGAUCUCCCUGAUCCUUUAUUCCGUAGACUGAAGUACGCCUAGAAAAAUCUAACUGGAUUGUGAUGACGUCUUUAGCUAAUAAGAAAAGAAGCUGGGAAGACCAUGUGACUAAAUGGCCAGGAUUUUCAUUUGAUUCUGUUAAUUCUCGUGCAGACUGUUGUCAUGGACUUGUGGCUGAUAAUCUAAAACCAAGUAUGGAGAGCAAUGAAAUAUCAAAACCAGACAAGGAGGAAAGGUUUUCCAGCAUAUCUUUACCAGAAUGUUAUCAUAAUUCUAAUCUGUUUGGCCUUCAAUCAAAGCAACUGUGUGGGCAUAGAAGAGAAGUGGAUGAAAAUGAUAACCAUGAAAGUGAGGAGUACAUCUUCUCAUUAGAAGCGAGCACAGAGACUCUAGUCCAUGUAUCUGAUGAAAACUCCGACCUCAGUUGUGAGGAUGAUAACAAUGAGGGAGAAGGAAAGACCUCAGGGACUGAACAAGUUCCUACCAAGACUUCACCAUUCAAAGAGAUUGAACAAGUGACCAAGAAUAUUUCUGAGAAUUCUGGAAUUGACAACGAGCCCAAUUUUGAUUCGGUUCCCGAGGAAGGCACACAUUGCGAUGCGAAAACAAGUCAGCCUGAGCACCUGGAACCUUCAGAGCUAUUAGUUCAGAGGAAUUUAUCGAAAAAUUACCUGGAUAAGGGUUUGGAUGCAAGUAUUCCAGCGGAAGAGCUUGUCCACACUGCAGUUGUUGCACAGCAGCGUAGGAAACAUGAAGUGCUGAAAGAUGAAUACAAUGGGGAGGAAUCUAACGUUGCAGACGAAUUAUCACCUCAUUCAUGUCCUGCCGUUAACGGUAGCGACCAAACGACAGAGGUUGUCCCUGUGAAUGGUGGUGCUGAAUCACAGCCAUGUUCUGUGGAGAUUUUGGAUCAACCCUUUCUGGAGGAAAGCACUCUGGAAGCUGGACAUGCUGAGAAUGGUUCAGAUAUUGGAAAUACUACUGCAAAUGUCUCAAAGCAAACACCCCAAAUAUUAAAUCCACAGGAAAAUACAAGUAAUUAUAAUUCUCCAGAUUGCCCCAUAAAGCUCCGAAAAAGAAAGGAAAUGAGGGAAGAUCGAGAUCGAUCACGUCUGGACUCCAUGGUUCUGCUCAUUAUGAAACUGGAUCAGCUUGACCAAGACAUUGAAAACGCUCUCAGUGCAAGCUCCUCUCCAUUCAAUACUCCAACUGUUAAAAGAAGACAUAUCCCUGAGUUGGAAUCUGAUUCAGAAAAUGGAGCAGAUGUAGUUCUGAUCAAUCAAAACCCGAAGACACAUCUUGCCAGCUCACCACAUGGAUCAACAUCCACCAUGGCAGGGCUGGGGGCUAAACCAAAGACUGGGGCAAUGCCGAUGAUAUCAGAAAAAGGGAAGGCUGAGAUUGAGGCCAAGGAGGCUUGUGAUUGGCUGCGGGCUGCAGGGUUUCCACAAUAUGCCCAAAUGUAUGAAGAUUUGCUGUUUCCCAUUGAUAUUUCAUCAGUGAAGAGGGACCACGAUUUCCUGGACCGAGAUGCAAUUGAAUCUCUCUGCAGACGAUUGAACACCCUCAAUAAAUGUGCUGUGAUGAAACUGGAAAUAAGUCCACAGAGAAAAAGGAGUGAAGAUUCGGAUGAAGAUGAGCCGUGUGCCAUCAGUGGGAGGUGGACUUUCCAGAGGGACAGCAAGCGAUGGUCGCGGUUAGAGGAGUUUGACGUUUUCCUACCAUCGGAGGUGAUGAAUGACCUUGCCGGCGAGAAAGCAUUGUUGAAGAACACGGCGAGCCAUGAGAGUGUACUGACUGAUCUGAGCGAGCGGCAGGAGGUGGCGUCGAUUCACAGUGCCAGCAGCACGGGGAGCAGCGGAGCAAACCUGCAGAAGGACGUGGAGGCCAGGAGGACAAAUUCUGAGAUCAGUGUCAUUUCCUCGGGGAACUCCAACACAAACGAAGGUUCACCCAGCCUCCUGCCUUCGCCAAAGGACACCUCCAGCUUUACCUUCAACGCAAAGGCUGAACGGAACACAAAGUCCAAGGCCAAGAGCUUCUUGAAGAGAAUGGAGAGCCUGCGUAUUAAGAGUUCCCACAGUAAAAAGAAACUUCCUUCAAAGAACAACCUGGUCAUCAGUGGGCCUGUGCUCCAAGAAGGCAUAGAUGAGGAGAAACUGAAACGCCUGAACUGCGUUGAGAUAUCUGCACUCAAUGGCAAUGGUUCCACGGCACGAAACCAAAGUGUUUCUUAUUCUACUCAAACGAGUAGCAGCAGUAGCCAGUCAGACACAAGUAGUGCGGUUAGCACCCCCAGCCCAGUCACCAGAACCCGCAGCCGAAGCACGUGCAAUAAGCGGAGUGGAAUGUACUUGGAGGGCUUCGAUCCUUUUAGUCAAUCAAUGAUUAAUGACACCAGACAGCAAAAUCUAAAGAACCAGAAGAGCAUGGAGGAGGAAGUAAUCUUCUACAUACCCGAGGAUCACAGGCCAGGCACCUUUCCUAAAGCACUUUCUAAUGGCAAACCCUACCACCCUGACAGCUCUUCUGUUAACUGGCGACAUGGAAAUUUUCAUGGACACAGGCACAGGAGCGUGACCAGGGAGAGCAGUGCUGACAGCGCAAAAGAGUCCACCUUUGGUCCCAGACGCAACUCGUGCAGCUCUCAAGGCAGCCGUCUCAGUAUCUAUGACAACGUGCCGGGAUCCCACCUUUACUCCAGCACUGGAGAUCUGGUGGACCUAGGGAACGAGGAGGACAUUUUCCCCGAACUGGAUGACAUUCUUCACCAUGUCAACGGGCUGCAGAGGAUUGUCAACCAGUGGUCGGAGAAACUCUCAGAUGAGGGGGACUCUGAUUCGGCAAUGGAUUCUAUUUCUCCCUGCCCUUCGUCCCCCAAGCAAAUACACCUGGAUAUCGAGAACGGCAGGGUCACCCCCAGCGACAUUGACAGCACUGGGAACUCCAUCAAUGAGGCAGAGGAGCAUGCUGUAAUCCGGGAGAGGAGGGAUUCGGGUGUUGGUGCUUCACUGACACGGACAAAUAGGCGGCAGAGACUACGAUGGGGCAGUUUCCAGAUCUCUCACAGGCCAAGUUUGAAUUCAGCCUCUCUGCAGAUUAACAGUCAGUCAGUGGCACAAAUGAACCUGCUCCAGAAAUUCUCUCUACUGAAGCUCACUGCCUUGAUGGAGAAAUAUUCACCCUCUAACAAGCAUGGAUUUAAUUGGGCUGUGCCCAAAUUUAUGAAGAGGAUCAAGGUUCCUGAUUACAAGGACCGUAAUGUUUUUGGAGUCCCACUGCUGGUGAACGUUCAGCGCUCGGGACACCCUCUCCCCCAGAGCAUUCAGCAGGCCAUGCGUUACCUCCGCAACCAGUGCCUGGAUCAGGUUGGGUUAUUCCGGAAGUCUGGAGUAAAGUCACGAAUCCAAGCCUUGCGACAGAUGAAUGAGACUUGUGCAGAUGGUGUAAACUAUGAAGGCCAGUCCGCCUAUGACGUGGCAGAUAUGCUGAAACAGUAUUUCAGAGACCUGCCAGAACCAUUGAUGACCAGCAAACUUUCAGAAACCUUUCUUCAGAUCUAUCAGUAUGUGCCGAAGGAUCAACGUCUCCAAGCAAUCCAGGCAGGCAUCCUGCUGCUGCCCGAUGAGAAUCGGGAGGCUCUGCAGACACUCCUCUACUUCCUCAGUGAUGUCGCCGCUAUGGUGGAAGAAAACCAGAUGACACCGACAAACCUCGCUGUGUGCUUGGCCCCGUCUCUCUUCCAUCUUAACACUCUCAAGAGGGAAAACUCCUCCCCCAGAGUGAUCCAACGGAAACAAAGCUUGGGCAAACCUGACCAGAAGGACCUGAAUGAAAACUUGGCUGCUACCCAGGGCCUGGCCCACAUGAUCGCUGAGUGCAAAAAGCUCUUCAAGAUUCCAGAGGAAAUGAUGAGCCAAUGUCGUAACUCUUACAUGGAGCAGGAUUUGCAGCCAAUCAGUUUGGAGCAACUGGGCCUAAGCAACAAUGGUGAAUCAUCGGACUACCGGGCUCAUCUGCAGAAUUACAUCCACACUCUACUGAAGGAGGCCAAGGACAAGUUUAAAGGCUGGGUCAAUUGUUCGACAUCAGAGUCAGCAGAGCUAGCCUACAAAAAGGUUUGCGACGGCCCACCUCUAAAACUGUGGAAGGCUUCUAUUGAGGUUCCUGCUGCCCCAGAAGAUGUUCUCUGGCGGAUACUGCGAGACCGUCACCUCUGGGAUGAUGACCUCCUUAGCUCAAAGGUCAUUGAAAGUUUGAACAGUCAUACGGACAUCUAUCACUAUGUGCAGAGCAGCAUGGCCCCACAUCCAACCAGAGAUUACGUACUUAUAAGGACCUGGAAAACUAACUUGCCCAAGGGCAGCUGUGCGUUAGUGGCCACCUCGGUGGAGCACAGUGGGACACCAGUAGUUGGAGGAGUCCGAGCAAAUGCUCUCACCGCACGAUACCUAAUCGAGCCCUGCGGGUCAGGGAAGUCCAAGCUCACCUACUUGUGCAGGAUAGACACAAGGGGACGGAUGCCAGAAUGGUACAAUAAAGUAUUUGGACACUUGUGCGCGGCAGAAGUUGUUAGAAUACGGGACUCUUUUCUUAUUCACGGCUCCGGCAGUCAAGAAAACAAGCAUUAGGAGACACCUUCCAACGAACUAGUCUGCUUAACUCUGAAGCACGAUGCUUCAAAGAACAACUCUGCUUGUAAGGAAAUUGUGGUGGACCUGCGUUACAUGUCUAUGAGAGGUCUGCUUGAAUCAGGCCUUGAAUUAAUUAUUUUAUUUUUAAUAAAGUUCUUAAUUUUGACCGUAGCGAUAUACUUUAAAAAGCUGCUUCAUUCAUGAGGGCUGUGAUAUAGGCCUUUACUGGAAUACAGUUGGAUUAAUGGUCUUUAAUUACAAAUGAAGUGCAAGCAUACAUUGCAUUUGCUUCUUCAGAGGCCACAAUUGCUUCUGUGAAGCAUCAAGCAUUUUGUAUAAUAUAAAUCAUGUCUAUGUACAAGAAUACCCUGGUGCAUUCAUGUGAUUUGCUUUUUUUUUGUAUUACUAUCCAUAACUUAAUAGUUUAUGAACCAUUGUAUUUUUUCAGAGUUUCUGAUUUUUCUGUUGUGCUUGCUUUGUUCAGGUAUUUAGUUAACAUGGAAGCAAAGUGUGUUGCUAAGGAACUGAAAUGUGGGAGAUUGUGUAAAACGUGGUGUCUGGUACACUUCUUGCUUGGAACGCAUUGGCAUGCUAGAACGACACCCAACAAUUGAUCAGAGUCCAGUAGAAGUAAAAGUUUCAAGAUAGUAACUUGUGUGAAAGACAAUGGGGACCACUUCAGGGCCAAUUCUCGCCAUCUGAACUUGUGCUAGAUGCAUUCUGCAUUUCUGCAUCUAGGAGUUCUGCCAACACAGUCCACCACCACAUCCUAAGAUUUGCUCAGAGCAUGAGAGCAACCUUGAUCCCUUUCAAUAUUGCUUGUCUGACACCAGCAAUGUCUUAACGGUAGAAGUUAUUUGGAUGCACAAUACUAUAUGCUUCAUACCACUCACUAUUCAAGAGCCUUGUUUAGCCCAUUUUUAAAUGCGACAAUGACUUUACACAUACAUAACCUCAGCCAGACUAUGCUACAUUUUCAACAAACAGCAUGCUGCUUAUUUUAUCCAAAGUGAACCUGACGUUCCAAAGUUGCUGUUGCUAUGGAGUAAUAGAUGACACAUCUUUUAUAAACAAUAAUAGGGAAAGGAAUAGGAAUUCAAUAAUAGAGAAGAUUUUGGAUCAUUUCUGAUUUUCUGGUGGAGUAGACUUGAUGGGCAAAACGCCCUAAUGCUGCUCCCAUAACGUUUGAUCUUUUUGGGGACCCGUUGACUUUGUCUUUUCUGUGAUAUAUUGUGGCAAUGUUAGCCUUUUUGCAUGUUGAGAUGAAGUAAAGUUCUUGGGUUAGAAGCGGCUACUUUUGCUUCCCCUUCUGAAGCAGAAAAUUGUUAUAUGUCAAAUUGCCAGCAUUUCCAACAUUUUAAUGCACCAGCAUCUGCUGAAAAUCAACUCUGAACAUAAAGGCUCGCCUUACCUUGACUUAGUGAUAGCUUGCAGCAAUCCCAGACAUUGCACCCAAGCCCACUACAUUUCCUGGGGUGAGGGGGAGAGCAUUUACCUAGAUAGCGAUCAGUUUCCUCGGGUGCAACAUGAGCAGCACCUGUUACCGAGCCAAGAUUGCGAUUGGCAAUUCUCUGCUCGUGGCUCCAAAUGAUAUUCAGAAAAAUAUUUUUAUUUAGACCAGAAAUUAUGAGAUUGUUAGAAUCCCAUUGUGUUGAGUUUUUUUUUUUUAAACCCAAAAGUUCACAGAAGCUACAAAUCUGGAAGAAAAAAAAUGCUCAGGAACUCUCGUGCCUUCUGCUGUAUCUCUGUUCUUUCUUUUCCUCCCCCAUUUCUCUGCUUGUUUUAUCUCAACUUUUUCCUGUUCUGAUGAAUGGUUAUCACUCGAAACAUUGUUUCUUUUUCUGCAGAUGUUUUCCUGACUAGCUAAGUGUUUCCACUAUUUAUUAUAUAGAGCGCAAGGAACAGCGUGUCCACAAAGGUUACUGAUUGUGGUAGAAGCCCGGCUAGUAACCCAUCAGGGAGGAGAACUUGCAAUUCCUAACUGCUUCAGUCCCAAAGCUACAGGUUUGACUCAAAUUGGCCAGCAGGUUUUAAUUCGGAAUUCAAUCACCACCUUCUCAGGGUAUCAGUAGUGGCAAAUAAUGCAGCCUUUCCUGAGAGCAAACAGAUUGAAAGUUACUGCACUUAUUUUUGGUUGUCCAAACCAAGAUCCUGGUCAGGAUCCACUCGACCAAAUCUAAGAGGUCAAGCCAGUGUUUGGAAAUCCCCACUUAAUGCAAUGUCCUGGGAAAGACAAGUAAACGCCCCAGUAUUCAAAGCAACCUCAGGAGAAGUUUAGGCAGAACUCUGCCACUGUUACUGUUGGAAGUGCUGUUAGAAUGUUCUGGUUUUUCAGAUCCCAUACAGUAAUACAAAAUAUAUUGCUGUUUUUGAUGACGUAUGGCAGUUUGAUCAAUAUGUUUUACUUGGAUGGUGGGACCAGAACUGUGGUGUUGUGCACACUUUAAAGCUAUUUCCAGGAAUAUGUGGACGUGGCGUCACAUUUAUGUGGUGAGCCUCCAAAUAAAGUUUCUAUCACAUUUUGUUUAUUUACUCUUCAUCAUAUUUUUAUAAUAGAACCAACAUUCUUCAAGGGUUUCCUAUUCAUGGUGUUGGAUACUAUUUGUAAAGGCAAGAAAUGGAAGAUCCCCCAACUUUAUUAAUGAGAUAAUUCAGACAUACUAAACUUAACCUUUUUAAUGCUUUUAUUUUUGUUUUAAUCUUUUCAUCCUCACUUGACAAUCAUGAGAGUUUGAUAACAACCAUAGGGUGCUAGGUGCCAAGAGGUCCUCAAAUAGAAAGUAGCCUUUCUUACAGGUUUUACUGUAACAUUACUGUUUGUUUGAGGCUUUAAAUGGAAUGUAGUUAAUACAAUAAGCUGCCAUUGGGGAUUCAAUGCCCCCUUUGUUAAUAUGUGGGAGCUGGAGCCCUAAGUGAGCAGAAUUUAAAAGAAGGAUUUAUCUAAUAUUGUUUAAAAUAUUUACCAUUCAGUGUUAUGUAAAGAGCAUUUAGUGAAAUUUGUGGCAAUGAAAGCAAAUUUUAUUUGUAAUUAUAUCAGUGUUGUCCCUUCAUUUAAAAAUGCUAGCUUGUCUUUCUGUCUGUUUUGUUACCAGGAUUUUUGUUCUUUGUAGAAUUUGAUGUCACUGUAUAUACCAUUGUAUUAUAAACACAUACACAAGUCUAGCCGCAUACUGCCAAAUAGGGAUAACCCAUGUUAUUAAUUAUUUAAAUAUUCAUGUAUUUAUACCUCAAUUAUACUUUUUUGUACCUUUUUAAAAUAUUGUACAUAUUUUACACUCAAUGCUAAGGCAUAAAGAACCUAGAAUGUGUUUAUAUCUUUGUAUGUCUGUACAGUUAUAACCAUGAAGUGCACUAUUAAAUGUGUCAAAUAAGA